UACAACUUGUAGGAGUUUUACAGCGGAUUGGGUUUUUGAAGACGGUGGCUGGGGUAUACUUUCGUGCUUUCAAUUUGACUAUCAAUUUUAUUGCCACGAUCUUCAUUUUCUUGACCAAGCCACUUGAGAAUAGCUUUGCAUACUUUUGGUGUUCGAAGAGCUCUUCCAUCAGCCAAAAUGAACAGGGGACGUGUAAGAUGGAAUGAGGAUAAUAUUGGCGAAAUUGAAGCAAACAAACCCGUGAGGCAAAAAAUCACUGAACCUAAGACUCCGUAUCAUCCUAUGAUUGAUGACGACAGUUCUCCGUCCCCUGUACGAGGAGAUUUUGACGAAUAUAUUGGUGAUAAAAAUCACUCAGCAAAUGCUGAACAAAGUGCUUUUAAUAAUGCGGGGUGUUGUAGCAGAAAAGGAACUAGUCCUAGACAAUCUAAUGGUUGGACAUCAUCGGAGGAUGAGGCAGAAGAAAUUGAAGGAGAUGAGGAAGAUAAAAGUUUCAGUUUUAAAGAGCACAGGAAGGCCCACUAUGAUGAAUAUCUCAAAGUCAAAGAACUGCAACAGAAGUCUUCAAUUCUAGAGGAUAGUAGUGAUGAAGAUAACAAUGCCGAGCUUCCCAAGGGGAAGAAGAAAAAUGACUCAUCUUCUCCAAUGAGUGAUACCGGCAGUGGUGAAGAAGACUAACACCGAGGAGAAAUAAUGUCUUUCAUUCAAUGCCUCCAACUAAAUGCUUCUUAUAUGUUCAACAAAUAAAACCCACUCUGUUUUCUUUAGCCUUUGUGUAUGAUCGGCAGGAAAUAACAGAAGGAUCCACUGUAUUUAUUGUGUCUUUUGUGUAAAAUAUCUUUUCUUUUUUUCCCCCUCAAAAAAAAAAAUCUUUUCUUUUUUUCAUUUGGUAUGUUCAUCUGAACUUGCAUGAACAUUCAAAUUAGAUCCUUGUAAUAUGUCAAAUUAGAUUUCCUUUUUGCCAGCAACAAACAUUCUUGUGAUAUGAUUAUGAGUGUGAUUUCUAAGA